AGCACGGAUUACAUGACUGACAAUCGCACUAUGCAGUGUAUGAAGAAACAUCACUUUCUUUCCCUUGGGUCUCCAUAUUGUUACACAGGCCAAUAGCAGAAAGCAGUAUCUCUAGCAAGGACUUAGCACAGCUUCAAUAGACUUUCUCCUUGAUGAUCUUCAUUUGGUAUCCCUUAUCAAGAUGGCAAGCAAGAUUUUUUAUUUACUUUGUAUAAUAUAUAUUUGUCUACAAGACAAAAUUCAUGUUAGGGGACAAGAAUGCCGACUUAUAGGAAAAUUUGAUCUACAUGGAUUUCUGGAGUCAAAAAACCACGAGUUAAUCAUCGGAGGAAUGUUUCCCUUCCAUUUCCGGACCAUACUGCAAAAUGAUUCCGCUAUGGAGGAACCCAAGUCACCAAAAUGUGAAGGGUUUAAUUUCCGCAGUCUGCGCUGGGCCCGAGCCAUGAUCUUUGCAAUCAAUAAAAUAAACAAACAGAGGGACAUUCUCCCAAACAUAACGCUAGGUUAUCAAAUUUUCGAUACAUGCUUCACCAUUUCCAAAGCAGUGGAAGGAACCCUAUCAUUUUUAACAGGGCAAAAUGAGACCCACCCUAAUUUCCGCUGCAGCGCCGGAGCUCCCUUGGCUGCCGUUGUUGGAGCUGGAGGAUCAGCCUUAUCAAUUGCCACAGCCAGAAUCUUAGGGCUGUACUACUUCCCACAGGUGGGUUAUGCUUCAUCCUGUUCCGUACUUAGCGACAAGUUCCAGUUCCCAUCAUUUCUUCGCACAAUAGCCAGUGACACAACUCAGUCUAAAGGCAUUGCAGCACUUGUUACUUAUUUUGGGUGGACCUGGGUUGGAACUAUAGCUGCAGAUGAUGAUUAUGGGAAAUAUGGCAUCAAACUUUUCAAAGAAGAGGUGGAGAAGAAUGGAGUUUGCAUCUCUUUUUCUGAAACCCUGCCCAGGAUUUAUAAUAAAGAUUCAAUAGAUAAAAUAGUGGCGACAAUAAGGAAGUCCACAGCCAAUAUCAUUGUCAUCUUUUCAUCAGAUAUUGAUUUAAGUUCAUUAAUGGAAGCCCUAGCAGAAACUAAUAUCACAGGGAAAACAUAUAUAUCCAGUGAGGCUUGGACAACAUCCGCACUAAUAGCUAAACCUAAACAUUUUCAUUUUCUUGGUGGCACAAUUGGCUUUGCAGUUCAGAGAGCAUCCAUACCAGGUUUUGAGGAAUUUCUACAUGACAUACACCCAGAGCAUGGAAAUGAUGAUUUGGUGUAUGAGUUCUGGGAGGAGGCCUUUAACUGUACUUGGCCCACAAAUCGAGCAUUAUUUUAUACAAAUAUUAGUUUGGAAGCAGCAAUGGCUGGACGGAAAAGAGAUGUUUCGCCUAUACCUUGUACUGGAAGAGAGAAUCUCAAUACUUCCCUCAAUACAUACUCAGAUGUAUCUGAGCUGCGGAUAACAUACAAUGUUUAUAAAGCUGUCUACACCAUAGCACAUGCUCUUCAUGACCUAGAUGUCUGUGUACCUAAACAUGGUCCUUUUCCCAAUAAUGAAUGUGCAAAUGUACUUGAUUUUGAGCCAUGGCAACUGAUGUAUUACUUGAAGAAGGCUAAGUUUACUUCGUUAAAUAAUGAAACCAUCUCAUUUGAUGACUCAGGAGAUAUAAAGGGUCACUAUGAUGUUUUAAAUUGGCAGUGGAAGGACAACCAAACCAUGUCCUUUGUAAAGAUUGGAUAUUACAAAGAUCUUACUUCGGGUUAUGAAUUUAAAAUUGACAACAGUUCCAUACUCUGGAAUACACCAAACACAAUGCCUCCUCGCUCAGUGUGCAGUGAGAGUUGCAUUCCAGGGACACGGAAAGGUAUUAGACAAGGGGAACCAGUCUGCUGCUUUGACUGCAUUGCGUGUGCAGAUGGAGAAAUAACUAAUGAAACUGAUGCAAGAGAAUGCAUUUCAUGUCCAUCAGAUUUCUGGUCCAAUUCGCACAGGAAUGAAUGUGUACUGAAGGAAGUGGAAUUUCUGGCAACUGAUGAAGCUUUGGGGAUCACACUGAUAUUCUUGUCUGUCUUUGGAGCUUCACUUGUUAUUGCCUUCACUGUUGUUUAUAUUAUGUACAGAGAAACAGCAUUAGUCAAGGCAAAUAGUCGCAGUCUGAGCUUUCUCAUUCAGGUUUCUUUAGUUUUCACUUUUAUGACUUCAGUUCUUUUUGUUGGAAAGCCAGAGCAAUGGUCUUGUAUGGCACGCCAAAUUACCCUAGCUUUGGGCUUCUCCCUCUGUCUUUCCUCUAUAUUAGGAAAAACAAUUGUUUUAAUGUUAAGAAAAAAGUCGGCUAAGUCAAAACUUGCUGAAAGAGGCCACGAUGCAUUGAAACCUGUAUACCAAAUCAUUGUCGCAGUUAUUGGCUUGACUAUUCAAGCUGGCAUCUGUACAGCUUAUUUACUUAUCUAUCCCCCUUGGGUUUACAAAAACAUGGAGUCUCAAAAUGUAAAGAUAAUUCUUGAGUGUAAUGAAGGUUCUAUUGAAUUUCUAUGUUCUAUGUUUGGGUUUGAUGUUUUCCUGGCAAUAUUAUCCUUCAUAACUGCCUUCAUAGCCAGAAAACUGCCAGAUAACUUCAAUGAAGCCAAAUUUAUUACUUUUGGCAUGCUGGUCUUCUUCAUUGUCUGGAUCUCAUUCGUUCCUGCUUACUUAAGCACAAGAGGAAAAUUCAAAGUGGCUGUUGAAAUAUUUGCUAUAUUGGCAUCCAGUUUCGGUUUACUUGGUUGUAUAUUUGUCCCCAAAAGCUACAUCAUUCUUCUAAAACCAGAAAGAAACACUGAAGAAAUUGUCGGUGGUAGGGCUGCCACUAAUGACAAGAGUGCCCCCGCUACAUCUGCCUCAAUCACUAGUGAGAUUAACAGUACAACAGUCUCUACAGUUGUACUCGAUGAUUAAUGCGUUCCCAUACAUUCAUUUAAUUCCUUUACAUGAGACAUGAUCUGAUCAGUACUGUUCCAAAGAUACAGCAGUUUGAAAUUGUUCAUGUAAAAUUCUGAGCGGGUCAGUUGCAUAAUACUUUGCAGAGAACAAAUAUUUCAAAGUUCUAUAGUAUGGCAGCCAUAAAUGGGAAAAACAACUCGCUAGAAAUAAUCUAAUUUUAUACACUGUAGCACAGAAAUCUUUUAAUAUCUCUAUAGAAUUUUAUAUCUUCGGAAAACAAAAGUGUUUACAACUUGCACAACAUUUUCAGUUCUCAGACAAAACACGUGCAGUGUGUAAGUCGUGACUGGGUGUGUGUUCUGUACAUUUAGCCUGAAUGUGGUGGAUUUAAACUUUUAGUGGAAAUAAGCCAUGGCACAGUUAAAGAUGAUGUUUACUAACAUAAGUUUUCACUAAUGACUUCCAGUUAAUUUAUAAAUGGAGUUGAACUCACUGUACCAACUGCUAUAAUUCCCAUCAAAACUAAAGGGUAAAGCAGAAGAAAAUAAAAGGAUUAUAAGAUUAUUUUAUACAAUGGGUUAUGAAUACUUGAGUACCUGAUUACUAUAUGUAUGUACUAAAUGUACUAAAUGCCACCCUUUAAAUAUAUUACACAGUAUAUUCAGUUAUAUAGGUCACAAUGUACCUUAUCAACUUUAUAUACAGGCAUGAACUAUCUUACCUGGAAACCCGUUAUCCAGAAAGCUCCGAAUUACGAGAAGGCCAUUUC